CCGACGUGUCCCUGCUGCUGUGUCUUUGAUUGGAGGGAAACCCCGUGGACGCGAGCGCGAGAGACGCUGUGAGGAAGAGGUAGCUCCAUCAGCUGUGCCGCUCGGCCACCGGAAUCAGAAGCGUUUUACUCUACACUCAGUUGUUCUUCGUCAGUCUACACAGGAGCAAUGUCGGACAAGGCGGAUCUGAUCGAGAAGGCCAAGAUGGCUGAGCAGGCCGAGCGCUAUGAAGACAUGGCCGCGUUCAUGAAGGAGCUGACCGUGGCGGACGCAGAGCUCAACAACGAGGAGCGCAACCUACUCUCUGUGGCCUACAAGAAUGUGGUGGGAGCUAAGAGAUCCGCCUGGAGGGUGAUAUCCAGCGUGGAGCAAAAGUCAGAGGGCAACCCAAAAUCUGCUCUCGCCAAGGACUACAGGGAGACAAUCGAGAAGGAAUUGAACGGCGUCUGCAAAGAAGUGCUGGCCCUGCUUGAUGAUCAUCUGAUUCCGAAAGCCACGCAGAAUGAAAGCAAAGUCUUCUACUACAAGAUGAAGGGAGAUUACUACCGCUACCAGGCUGAGGUGGCCACUGACAAAGAGGCUGACAUCGAAAAGUCCGACAACGCUUACCAGAAAGCCACUGAGAUCAGCGCUGAAUUGCCGUGUACACAUCCCAUCCGCCUCGGCCUGGCACUCAACUACUCUGUCUUCCACUAUGAAAUCUGCAAUAGCUCUGAAAAGGCCUGCGAACUGGCCAAGAAGGCUUUUGAUGAAGCUGUUAGUGAGCUGGACUCCCUCAACAAGGAGUCCUACAAGGACAGCACCUUGAUCAUGCAGCUCCUUCGUGACAAUCUGACACUGUGGACGUCAGAGGCUCAGGUUGAAGGGGAGGACGACGCAGUGGCAACAGAGAACAACUGAGUUUCAAAUCUGUCUUUAAGAACAACAUAUUUUUUAACCUCUCACCAGCCUAAGUUCUGUGUGGUUGUGUGCACAUACAUGCACAGCCAUGUAUGUAUGUUUGCACUUCACUCACAGUGUAUACAGUAUGUGUGUGCAGGUACAUGAACUGUGUGUGUACGUGUAUUUGUGUGUGUGCACAUGCAAGUGUGCACCUCUUGGGGCUACAAAAGAUGGGCUUAACUAGAUCUGUUUUUUUUUUGUUUUUUGUUUUUUUUGUUUUGUUUGUUUUUUGUUUAUUGAGCAUUACUCAUCAUGUGAAUCAACUGAUGUUUCACCUUGUUGUCCGUGGUUUUCCAAGAAAUCACCAUGAAAUACCCCUUUUAGACUCAUAUAAGCUCUAGGAUCUUUAACCUUCUUCAUCUUAAACAAAUUGUUGCUGUUGGACAAAGGAAAAAAAAUACUUGAACUAAAGGUUUACAGCUAGAGCAUGUUUCAUGACCACUUGUCCACAAAUCCCUUUGGAGGCCCAUAAUAAAAUCUGAGUUGGAAAGGUGGACAGGGCGAUCAGAAACAGAGGCCAUUUCAUUAGUUUUAGGUUUCUUGUGACAGCAGUGAUCAUGUAGAUGGCAGAAGGAAUGUAAAUGGAAGCACAACUUGAUAUUUACCUCAGUGAGGCUCUACUCCCACAUUAUUUGUUCCCAUCCUGUCCUCUCAGAUGUCCAGUGUGACAGCUAGUAUUUUUACUGAGGAUUCAUAUGCCAUGGAUCAGUGAGGUCAGUGUGUGUUAGGCCUUGAAAACUGUAAAGGGUUUUAUGUUUGAAUAGCCAUUUGCCAAAACCAUGGUCACAGUAGGGGUGAUAAUUUGUUGAGAAGGUUACAUUCCAUUUUACUGACAUCUUUUCACCCUCAGCAACCUGUGCAAACUAUAAUUUACUGUAAUUUUCCAUACUAUGAUGAUGAGGUAUAGACAACCUACGAAAAGAAGUUAGCAACUUCAUUCAGUGGCUUUAUACUGUCACUUUGAUAUUUGAUCUUUUCAGCAGUGCAGAGGAUACAUUUUUUUCCAUAUGCUUUUAUGUGGUUACUUUGUACUAUUUUCUAUUCGGGUGUUUUGUAUUUUAUUUGUGUAUUUAACCUCUUUGUCUCUUGUUUUGAUACCUGAGAAGUAUGUGGUUCUCAGUACUAUGGGGUGAGGCUGACAGGUGCUUUGAAAUUUCAGCAAGUUUUACCUAAUAAUUAACAGGUGGUUUGCAGCUAUAUUUACCUACAUUAGAAAUACACGUGGAAAGGCAAACAAGCCAAAUCAAUGCUACAUGUAAACUGAUCGGAAAAGUAGCAUUUUGGAGAAGGCUGCACUACAGCCAUUUAUUACAAAAAUUUAGUAGUGCCACUUUUCUUAAAAUUGUCACCAUUAUAACAAGUGGGAUGCAAGUUUAAGCAUUCAUAAAUGUUCAAGUUAAACACUUGAGUAUGUUAUUUAGCUUGGUGCUUUCCUGUAAGUGGAAUUAAACAUUGGAAACAGG